CCCAGUGGCCAAGACACCCACCCGGCUCUGGGUACCUGGCGGCUCCCACGAGGCAGCUGAAGCCGACUCCUGCAGGAUCCCCCGGGCCCUUCUGCUCCGAGACCCCGCUGCUCCUUCAUCUCCUGGCGGCCUGGUGUUCUGGGCCUCGCCCACGAGCAGUCUGAGGAAGAACAAGCCAUCUCGUCCACCCGCAGCCAUGAAUUUCCUCCGGCGACGCCUGUCUGACAGCAGCUUCGUGGCCAACCUGCCCAACGGCUACAUGACGGACCUGCAGCGCCCCGACACCUCCACCAGCUCGCCCGCUUCCCCGGCCAUGGAGCGGAGGCACCCCCAGCCCCUGGCAGCCUCCUUCUCCUCGCCAGGAUCCAGCCUUUUCAGCUCCUUCUCCAGCGCCAUGAAGCAGACCGCGCAGGCCCCCCCCGCGGGGCUGUUGGAGCCUCUGGGUCCCUCCACACCCGUAGUUCAAAGGCCCAGGAUCCUGCUGGUGAUCGAUGACGCCCACACGGACUGGGCCAAGUAUUUCCAUGGCAAGAAGGCGAAUGGAGAGGUUGAGAUCCGAGUGGAGCAGGCAGAAUUCUCCGAGUUGAACCUAGCUGCCUACGUUACUGGGGGCUGCAUGGUGGACAUGCAGGUUGUGAGAAACGGGACCAAGGUUGUGAGAUCCUUCAAGCCGGACUUCAUCCUGGUGCGCCAGCACGCCUACAGCAUGGCCCUGGGCGAAGACUACCGCAGCCUGGUCAUCGGCCUCCAGUACGGUGGGCUGCCUGCCGUCAACUCCCUCUACUCCGUCUACAACUUCUGCAGCAAGCCCUGGGUGUUUUCUCAGCUCAUUAAGAUCUUCCAUUGCCUGGGUCCUGAGAAGUUCCCGCUUGUGGAGCAAACGUUUUUCCCCAACCAUAAGCCAAUGCUCACAGCACCUCGCUUCCCUGUGGUGGUCAAGCUGGGACACGCCCACGCCGGAAUGGGAAAGAUCAAAGUAGAAAACCAGCACGACUACCAGGACAUCACCAGCAUGGUGGCGAUGGCCAAGACCUACGCCACCACCGAGGCCUUCAUCGACUCCAAGUACGACAUUCGCAUCCAGAAAAUCGGAUCCAACUACAAGGCUUACAUGAGAACCUCCAUCUCUGGAAACUGGAAAGCCAACACAGGCUCUGCCAUGCUGGAGCAGGUGGCGAUGACGGAGAGGUACAGGCUGUGGGUGGACAGCUGCUCGGAAAUGUUCGGCGGCCUGGACAUCUGCGCGGUCAAGGCCGUCCACAGCAAGGACGGCAGAGAUUACAUCAUCGAGGUGAUGGACAGCUCAAUGCCCCUGAUUGGAGAGCAUGUGGAAGAGGACAGACAGCUGAUAGCCGACCUCGUCGUCUCCAAAAUGAGCCAAUUCCUGAUGCCAGGGGGCACAGUGCCCUCGCCCCUGAGGCCUUGGGCUCCGCAGACCAAACCAGCUAAGUCCCCGGGGCCGGGCCAGCCACGCCCACCCACCCAAGGGGGCCCUCGCCAAGCGCAGUCUCCUCAGCCCCCAAGAUCUGGAAGCCCCUCCCAGCAGAGGCUGUCCCCGCAAGGCCAGCAGCCCCUGAGCCCCCAGUCCGGAUCCCCACAGCAGCAGAGGUCACCAGGUUCUCCACAGCUGCCUCGGGCACCCAGUGGCGGCUCUCCAAACCAGGGCUCCAGGCCAGGCGCCACCCUCCCUGCACAGCCGCGGCCCCCUGUGCAAGGCCGCAGUACCUCUCAGCAGGGGGAGGAGCCCAAGAAGCCAGCACCAUCCCACCCCCAGCUCAACAAAUCCCAGUCCCUGACCAACAGCCUCAGCACGUCCGACGCUUCCCAGCGCGGGCCCCCGAGUGAAGACGAGGCCAAGGCCGAGACCAUCCGCAACCUGAGGAAGUCCUUCGCCAGCCUGUUCUCUGACUAG